AUGUCUUACUACGAGCAGUGCAAACAGCCCUGCCUGCCCCCUCCCAUUUGUGUGCAGAAAUGCACCAAGUGCGUGGAGCCCUGCAAGACAGUGUGCGUGGAGCCCUGCAGCAGUGUCUGCGUGAAGCCGUGCCCCACACCGUGUGUGGAGGUCUGCCCAACACCCUGUGCCACCCAGUGCACCACAUCCUGCGCCACCCAGUGCGUGGAGCCUUGUGCCACCCAGUGCACCACAUCCUGCACCACCCAGUGCGUUGAGCCCUGCGGCACCCCAUGCGUUGAGCCCUGCAGCACCCAGUGCGUUGAGCCCUGCAGCACCCAGUGCGUGGAGGUCUGUCCCCCUAAGUGCAUCGAUGUCUGCAUAAAGCCAUGUGCCACUCAGUGCCCAACCCAUUGCACCACCCAGUGCCCAGAGCCCUGCGUCAGCCAGUGCUGCACCCAGUGCGUGGAGCCCUGCCCACCCCCAUGCGUGGAGGUGUGUGCCACCAAGUGCGUUGAUUCGUGCGAGACGGUGUGCCUGGAGCCGUGCAGCACGGUCUGCUCUCACCCAUGCUAA